ACAUCCGGUAAUGGCUCCACCUCCGACUCUGUCCAUGCAGGGUAGCGAUGGAUGAAGGGAGAUAUAAAGAGGGCAUGUAUGCAGAACUCGAUGGUUGCUUUCCUACAGGCGAACGAUGAAGAUGUUACUCAUCCCACCAGGGCUUGCACCAAUUCCUGAGAAUGACAACGACGACUUCACAUUCCUCAGUGCUUCCAGUAGUCCUUCCGAUACACCGCCUCUAACCCCUCUCGCCACUCCCCAUGGUAGCCCGAAUAGUAUGUCCUUGGCGAGUGGAAACGAUAUAGAGAUGGUAGCAAGCGAUGGGAUCAAGUUCUACACAAGCUCAGUACUUCUGCAAGGUGCUAGCCCCGUCUUUGCUACAAUGACAAGACCUUCCAAAUUGGGCUUACCAUCAAUAAUCUAUUUCGCCGACUCCCAUCUCGAAGCCUCCGCCACAAUAACCCUUUUCCUCCACUUAUUGUCUUCUCAGUCCUUCUCAUCAUUACCGACACCAACGGCCCAGUCAUUCAGCCAUUACGAAACACUCAUCUCGUUCCUCAAGAAAUUCCAAUGCGAUGGAGCCUUACUAGAGGAGCUGGGUAGAAUGUUGAGAGUCUGGUUGGAAGAGGGCUGUAUCUCUGCAAGCAGAAUCUUCAAAGCAGGAUGUAUGAUGGGUGAUGAGGAGCUAUGUAAAUUCGCGGUUCAAGCGGGCAAUGAAUGGACAUGGAUUGGAGCAAGUCGGAGUGGUUCUUCUCCAUAUCUUCCAGGCUGUAAAAAGCGAAAGCUCAGCUCGUCAGGCUCCGAGUUUGACUUACACGAGGAUGGGAUUUUUGGCGCUCCUGCAUUGGAUAUUUCCGCCAUGCCGUAUUCAUUCUUUAGGUCUCUUCCUGAUACGCACAAGUUUGCACUGCUGAGAGCUACAAGGAAUAUAGUGGGUCCUUUGGUAGUGCUUGAUCGUUGUAACUGGGACAAAGUUGCAGAAGAAUUUGAGAAGAUUUUGAGUGAUGUGAAACGUUGACGCGUAUUAAAGGCCACCUGAGAAAUAUUCAGAUUAUUGUUGCGCUUGUAUGAUCGAUCUGACACUCCCGUCGCAUGUUUUUAACUUUUGUAUCGUUGCUGGCAAAUGUAGUAAUACAUAUGGAUACAUAUAUAUGAC